GGCCCGCCUCUGCCAUUGGUCGGGGCCCGGGCGCUGGGCUGGAGAGUUGGUGGAAAGUGACAAGUUGAGGGAGGCUGAGAGCAAGAGAGCGAGCGCGCAGAGCAGGAGGAGCCGCCGCGGCCGCCACGGAGGGAGCCCCGGGACGGCAGCCGCCGUGCGCAGGGCGCGCUCUUCUCAGAGCCCGAGCCGGCGAGACUCGCAGUCCGCGAGUGCGACCCCGACAGCCCGGGACUGAACUGACCGUCCGGACGCGGCGAGGCUGCAGCCAGAGGGCUGGGGAGGGACCGCGUUUGCGGGGUCCUGAGCGGCCGGGCGGAGGCGAAGGAGCAGGUUAGAGAGACAAAGAACUUCUCAGACGCCCCCGGCAUCCUGUGGGGAGAGCGGCCGGGACGAGGUGGCCGGGACCCCGGGCAGAGCCUGUGGAUGUUCUGCGCGCGGCCUGGGAGCCGCCGCCGCCGCUGCCGCCGCGAGAGGAGGAAUGCACCGGCCGCGCCGCCGCGGGGCGCGCCCGCCGCUCCUGGCGCUUCUGGCCGCGCUGCUGCUGGCGGCGCGUGGGGCCGCUGCCCAAGAAACAGAGUUGUCAGUCACUGCUGACUUAGUGCCUACCUCAUCAUGGAACAUUUCAAGUGAGCUCGACAGAGAGUCUUACCUGACCCUCGAUGAACCGAUGAAUAACAUCACCACGUCCCUGGGGCAGACGGCAGAACUGCACUGCAAAGUCUCUGGGAAUCCGCCUCCCACUAUCCGCUGGUUCAAAAAUGAUGCACCUGUGGUCCAGGAGCCCCGGAGGAUCUCCUUUCGGGCAACCAACUAUGGCUCUCGGCUACGAAUUAGAAACCUUGACACCACAGACACGGGCUACUUCCAGUGCGUGGCGACGAACGGCAAGAAGGUGGUUUCUACCACUGGAGUCUUGUUUGUCAAGUUCGGCCCCCCUCCCACUGCAAGUCCAGGGUCCUCAGAUGAGUAUGAAGAAGAUGGAUUCUGUCAGCCGUACAGAGGGAUUGCGUGUGCAAGAUUUAUUGGCAACCGCACUGUCUAUAUGGAGUCUCUGCAUAUGCAAGGGGAAAUAGAAAAUCAAAUCACAGCUGCCUUCACCAUGAUCGGCACCUCCAGUCACUUGUCUGAUAAGUGUUCUCAGUUCGCCAUUCCUUCCCUGUGCCACUACGCCUUCCCAUACUGUGAUGAAACCUCAUCUGUCCCAAAGCCCCGGGACUUGUGUCGCGAUGAAUGUGAAAUCCUGGAAAAUGUCCUGUGUCAAACAGAAUACAUUUUUGCGAGAUCAAAUCCCAUGAUUCUGAUGAGGCUGAAACUGCCAAACUGUGAAGAUCUCCCCCAGCCAGAGAGCCCCGAAGCUGCAAAUUGUAUCCGGAUUGGAAUUCCCAUGGCGGAUCCUAUAAAUAAAAAUCACAAGUGCUAUAACAGCACAGGUGUGGACUACCGGGGAACUGUCAGUGUGACCAAAUCAGGGCGCCAGUGCCAGCCGUGGAACUCCCAGUACCCCCACACACACACCUUCACCGCCCUCCGCUUCCCAGAGCUGAACGGAGGGCACUCCUACUGCCGCAACCCAGGGAAUCAGAAGGAAGCUCCCUGGUGCUUCACCUUGGAUGAAAACUAUAAGUCUGACCUGUGCGACAUCCCAGCAUGUGAUUCAAAGGAUUCCAAGGAGAAGAACAAAAUGGAAAUCCUGUACAUACUGGUGCCUAGUGUUGCCAUCCCCCUGGCCAUUGCUUUGCUCUUCUUCUUCAUUUGUGUCUGUCGCAAUAACCAGAAGUCAUCGUCACCGCCUGUCCAGAGGCAGCCAAAACACGUCAGAGGUCAAAAUGUGGAGAUGUCAAUGUUGAAUGCAUAUAAACCCAAGAGCAAGGCUAAAGAGCUGCCUCUUUCUGCUGUACGUUUUAUGGAAGAAUUGGGUGAAUGUGCCUUUGGAAAGAUCUAUAAGGGCCAUCUCUAUCUCCCAGGCAUGGACCAUGCUCAGUUAGUUGCUAUAAAGACCUUGAAAGACUAUAACAACCCCCAGCAAUGGACAGAAUUUCAACAGGAAGCCUCCCUGAUGGCCGAACUGCACCACCCCAAUAUUGUCUGCCUUCUAGGGGCUGUCACUCAGGAACAACCUGUGUGUAUGCUUUUUGAGUAUAUGAAUCAGGGGGAUCUCCACGAGUUCCUCAUCAUGCGGUCCCCACAUUCAGAUGUUGGCUGUAGCAGUGAUGAAGAUGGGACUGUAAAAUCCAGCCUGGAUCAUGGAGAUUUUCUACACAUUGCAAUUCAGAUUGCAGCCGGCAUGGAAUACCUGUCUAGUCACUUCUUUGUCCAUAAGGACCUUGCAGCUCGCAAUAUUUUAAUCGGAGAGCAACUUCACGUAAAGAUUUCAGACCUUGGGCUUUCCAGAGAAAUAUACUCCGCUGAUUACUACAGGGUGCAGAGUAAGUCUUUGCUGCCCAUUCGCUGGAUGCCCCCUGAAGCCAUCAUGUAUGGCAAAUUCUCUUCUGAUUCAGAUAUCUGGUCUUUUGGGGUUGUCUUGUGGGAGAUUUUCAGUUUUGGACUCCAGCCAUAUUAUGGAUUUAGUAACCAGGAAGUGAUCGAAAUGGUGAGAAAACGACAGCUGUUACCAUGCUCCGAAGACUGCCCCCCCAGAAUGUACAGCCUCAUGACAGAGUGUUGGAAUGAGAUUCCUUCCAGGAGACCAAGAUUUAAAGACAUUCACGUCCGGCUUCGGUCCUGGGAGGGACUCUCAAGUCAUACCAGCUCUACUACUCCUUCUGGCGGAAAUGCCACCACGCAGACAACCUCCCUUAGUGCCAGCCCAGUGAGUAAUCUCAGUAACCCCAGAUAUCCCAAUUACAUGUUCCCGAGCCAGGGUAUUACACCACAGGGCCAGAUUGCUGGUUUCAUCAGCCCACCAAUACCUCAGAACCAGCGAUUCAUCCCCAUCAAUGGAUACCCAAUACCUCCUGGAUAUGCAGCGUUUCCAGCUGCCCACUAUCAGCCAACAGGUCCUCCCAGAGUGAUUCAGCACUGCCCACCUCCCAAGAGUCGGUCCCCGAGCAGUGCCAGUGGGUCGACUAGUACUGGUCAUGUGACCAGCCUGCCUUCAUCAGGAUCAAAUCAGGAGGCAAAUAUUCCCUUACUACCACACAUGUCGAUUCCGAAUCAUCCCGGUGGAAUGGGUAUCACCGUUUUUGGCAACAAAUCUCAAAAACCCUACAAAAUAGACUCAAAGCAACCAUCUUUGCUAGGAGACUCCAACAUUCAUGGACACACCGAAUCUAUGAUCUCUGCAGAACUGUAAAAUGCACAACUUUUGUAAAUGUGGUAUACAGGAAAAACUAGAAAGUCGUAGAAAAGAUUUAUAUUCAAAUGUUUUUAUUAAAGUAAGGUUCUCAUGUAGCAGACAUUGCAACAAGUAUCUUCUGUGAAGUUUAACUGUGUCUUACCAACCAGGGCAAACACCAGCCAGAAAAAAAACAUUGUGGGAUUAACACUCCAUCAGGGUGUAGGCCACGCCACUGGGAUUGGUACAUCUGGUUUCAGGUACUGAAAACUGCAAACCAGUGAAGAGGAAACGAACCUUAUGACUAAGUAUCAAACCAAAAAGGAAAGUCAAAGGGUGCUUUGUGUAUUCACCUUUGGCUGCCAUGACUGUUCUCUCCCCAAAAUGUAUAUACCAUAGCAUUUGUCUACCUGCUGUCUUUUCUUCAGGACAGAUGUUCAGGAAUUCCGUUGAUUCAAUUUAGACUCUAUGCAUGUUUGUAUGGAAGUGAUGUUCAGAAUCAGUGAGGAAACUUUAGGCCAGAUUUAAAAUCCCAGAUGGAAACGAGCCAUAAGUGUAAGUUUCCCUGAAGCCUUCUACACAGUGGGGCUUCUUUGGGAACGUGAAAAGUGUGCCUCUUUGUGAGUCUCCUCUGUUGAUCAUGAAGGCUUUUUCCACAGUGUGUUUACACAAGCCCUUGAAAUAACAUAGGGCAUCAGAUCCUAACAAGGAUAGAUGUGGAUGCUGAAAUUGACCGCUGGUUGAUAGUUCACUGUGUUGCAUUAGAAACGAGGCACCAAAGGCAGCACAGUCAGGAAAAUGGCCCCUUGGCCUAGAUCAGCAUCCAUGGGAAAGGAACAAGGGUUCCCAUGGGGACAGCCUCACAGGAGCUUCCCUGGACCAAUAACAUUGAAGAAUAGAGGUGUGGCCACAGACCAGCCCAUCCAUGCUUGCAUCCUCCUGCUUAUGAGCUGUCUAAGGUAUGGGGGUGCAUAUCAUCAGUGGACUCUGGGGAAGGAGGAAACUCUCUGACACCAAUAUCUAGUUAAUUUAAAGUUUCUCUCACUUUUUUUUUUUUUCUGAUCUGGAAAUGUUCACAGAUUUUAUUCUAGCACCAAGAGUUAUGACAAUGUAUUCAUAGUGUUAGUUGGAAUCCAAAGACUAUGAAUUCUAUUUGCAAAAGAUUACAGUAUUUUUAAAAAACAAGUACUGAGUUCUCACUUCAAAGAUUACCAUGAACUGAAAUUUUUAAGCUGGUAACUAGAAGCAGCAUGAUCAUUUUUGCCUUAGUGAGAGGAAGGAAGGCAUCAAAUGUGCAUCUCAUGCCUUACCUGCUAGCCAUCUUCUGCCAAGUUUAGAAUUCUUAUGGGUUUCAAGUUCUAUAUAGAAAGGAAUGUUAUGAUUGAUUUUUCUCUUGUUAAAAGAAUGACUCAUUUAUUCUAAGAGCAAUGUCUCAAAGUCUCAUUUUUUUUAAUUUUACAGCUGAAGAGACUUAUAAAGAGACUUACAGGAUAUAAAGUAAUUCCUGGAAAUGAUAUUUGAUGAGGAGAAUGUAAGAGACUUAGAAGCACGUUGACAUUUCAAUUUUGUAAAACAAAAAAUUCAAUUAGGAUAAGAAAUCAAAGAAAUAUGUUUACCAAAAUGUGUUGCAAUUUUCCCAAACACUGAAUCUUCAGACAACAAAUGUGGACUUAUAGGUACUGUGAACACAAAGAAUUGGCUAUAUUCAGAUUUAUUCAGAAAUAAAUUAAGACACAUUUUUAUGGCAUAAAUAAGCUGAUUCAGAAGUUACAUUUCUUAACUUUAGGUAGAGGAGAAUAUUUGUAUCCUUUUGUUGCUAUGCAACUGUUUAAUGAUGAAGAUUCAAACCACAGUUUUGUAUAUCAUAGGACAAUCAAUUGUUUUCCAAGAAUAUUUAUUAUUUUAAGUAAACACAAUUUCAGCGAACCUGAGUUUUUCUAGGAGUCCCUUAAAGGGAAAGUAGCAUUCCAUGAGCCAGUAAGAUAUCUACUCUGGAAAAACAUUACUAUGGGUAAAAAAUAAAUUCAAAUUAGUUUUUUAUAAAGAACUAUAACAUUUAUUUUAAACAUUUUAUAAUUACUGAAGUCAUUAAGGUGAGCAAACUAAAUUUCAAAACCACUUGUAAUAAUGUAUUUUAUAAUAGCACUGUGAUACUACAUAACACAGCCCCUUUUGUAUUAAAAUAGUAUUUUUUUCACAGACUGAAAAAUAUCUCUUGCUUUGUGGACAAUGUUUUGUAAGAUGACUUUAUUUUCAGAUCUUUUCUCUUUUUUGCACAAAACUAUGUUUAUGGUUUGUAUCACAGAAGUGAAAUAUAUCUCUGCAUUUUUA